CAUGCUGGGCAAUUCUUGUAGAUUCCAGCUAGAGCAAGAUGUUCUACGGCUUCAAAAGUUGCUGAAUGAGGAGAUGGAGUUGCAUGCUAUCCUUGAAAAUGCUAUGGAACAGGCCACCAUAACAUCAUCUGACCUGUCUUCCCUCCCAGAUAAUGCCAAGAAGCUAUUAUCUAAUAUUGCCACAUUGGAGAUGACAGUUUCAAGACUUGAGCAAGAGACAAUCUCUUUGCAGUUUCAGUUAAUUCAAGAAAGAAAUGAGAGAAGAAUUGCUGAGUUUCGUUUGAAACAAUUACCAUCUAGUCAAAUACUUACUGAUUCACCUGAAAAUUCACAAAUAAUGGAUAUAAUAAAUGCCAUAGGCAUUCAGGAUAAAAUAGUUUCAUCAGAACAGUCGCAGGCAGACAUUUUCAGCAUCAGAAAGCAUAUUCCUGUCAAGGGCCUCUAUACCCAACCUAAUUUGCUUUCAGAGGAGAUGGUCCGGUGUAUGAAAAAUAUUUUCAUCUCACUGGCAGAAUCUUCCUUGCACCCCUCAAAAUCUUUCUCAUCAGAGAGAUUUUCCUCGUCCUCAUCUCCCAGUGGACAUCUUUCCAGUAUUUCCUUUUGGUCACUGUCUGAACCAUCAACACUAUUCUCAUGGGCAAAUAGUCCUCAAGUUGAUCUGCAGUGUGAGACUGAACUUAUAGCUAAAGGAAAUGCUUUCGAUCCCUACAAAGCUCAUGGCAAAUUAAAUUGGACAGAUAUUGGAAAUUAUGGUGUUGCAAUAGAAGUAUCCUGGAUGUCAGUGGGAAAGAAGCAACUUGAAUAUGCUGCUGGGGCACUAAGGAGAUUCAGAUCACUGGUUGAAGAGUUAGCCAAAGUAAAUCCUAUCCACUUGAAUCACAAUGAGAAGCUAGCCUUUUGGAUAAACCUGUACAACGCUCUUGUGAUGCAUGCUUAUCUAGCAUAUGGAGUUCCUAAGAGUGACGUGAAGCUCUUUUCACUGAUGCAGAAGGCUGCAUAUACUGUUGGAGGGUGUUCAUUCAGCGCUGCUUGCAUUGAGCAUGUGAUACUGAAGAUGAAGGCACUGGCGUACAAACCACAAACUGCUUUACUACUUGCUCUACAAAAGUUGAAGUUAUCUGAGGAGCAGAGAAAAUGCUCAAUUGAGGCACCUGAACCCCUUGCCGUAUUUGCUUUGAGCUGUGGAUUGUAUUCUUCCCCUGCGGUAAGAAUUUACACAGCAAACAAUGUGAGAGAAGAGCUCGAGGAGGCUCAACGGGACUUUAUACAAGCUUCAGUUGGAUUAAGCAGUAAAGGGAAGCUUCUCAUUCCUAAGAUGCUCCACUGUUUUGCCAGAGGGUUUGUUGAUGAGGCCAACUUAGCUACCUGGAUUUCCCGGUUUCUCCCACAGCAGCAAGCAAACUUGAUCGAGCAAUGUAUGUCACAGAGGCGAAAUGGCUUCCUCGGAUCUCGCAAUUGUGCUGUCUUACCAUAUGACUCUCGGUUUCGAUACCUUUUCCUGCCUGAUAUCCUCCCAGCAAAAAUAUUUCCCUGAGUCCUAGCAGAUAAAGCAGCUACUUGCAAGCCAAGCUGAUAAAAUAACUCAGCUCAUACCCUGUGUAUCAGAUGGAGGAUCUGGAGAAGAAUGUUCCAAUGACAGGAAAGAUAGCUUUCCAUUCUGUUAUUAGUUUUUGAGUACUGGUCUGCACCUUGUCGGCCAGGCCUGAAUUUGGCAAAUCUCAUCAACAGUUCGGCAUUUCACAAUAAAUUACAAGAGGCUUUCGUGUUGGAUGAAAGGGUUAUUUUCUGGUUUAGUAUUCCACGUCUGUACUGAGUGAGUGAGUGUUCUCUCACACUGCAGCAGGUGUAAUUGUAAUUUCCUAAUUUCUGUAUAAUGGUAAUGCUUAAAUAUUUAACUGCCAGGCAUUGAAAAAGAAGCAGUAACUUCCAGGGUUGGGUUAAGCAAAAUGUAGACAUUCUGAUCAGUUGACAUUCAGCACCAGAAGUUAACAAUCAAAAUGUAGACAUUACUUCUGACCCGUUGUCAUCUACAAAGUCAACAAUCAGACUGCAGACGUUACUGAUAGACUGCAGACGCUUUUGAUGUAUCUAAUUAUCUAUUAGUAAUGUUUCUAUUUUGCAUAAGAAACCGCAGCACAACAGUUAAAUUACAUGAAUCAAAAGAAAUACAACAGGAAGGCAUACUCCAUAAGCAAAUGGUGUGCUCAACUGAACAGUAUUCUUGCAUUGCAUCAGGAGUCGCUUAGGAGAAACCCCAAAUAAGGAGAUCUACAAAAAUUGAUGUCCAACGAAAAAAAAAAA